GAGCCCCUCAACGUAAGUAUUAUAUAUAUAAUUACACAGUAUAUGGAUAUAUCUGUAGAGCUUGACUCCAAAUUAAUAAAAGUCCGUAGAAAGCAGCUUGUUGUAAAGUGAUAAGAAGCAGAUUUAAGGCAGGGAAAUGCCACUAACCUACUAUGUUUUGAAACCCUAAGACCAUCACAGCAGAUCAAGGAUGAAGUUAAUGAUUGGGCAGUGUGAAUCUAGGACUGUUGGGAGGGUGCUCAUCUAGCUAGAUAAGAGGUUUGAUCUCAACCUUUUGAGCAGCCCCUUGGUUUCACAAAUGAAGAAACUUAACACCUGGAGUAAUUAACAAACCUUCUAAAGCUUCUAUACUCAGUGUGUGGUCCCAGGACCUGCAGCAGCAUUGGAAUCACCUGGGACCUUGCUACAAAUACAGAAUCUUAGGCCCCGCCCCAGAUCUACUGAAACAGAAUCUGCAUUUUAACAAAAGAUCUAGAGGCUUGCUAUUACCUUUUGAGAAACGAUAGCCUAAAGGCCAGUGAGCAGGGCACCUAGGGGGUCCUGACUCUGCUUCCAUUGAAUUCCUCUGUUAACUGUUAGUUUUGCUGCUUUAAUUGACUUGGCGGGCACAUCACUUCCUUUGCUCUUUAAGUUUAGUCUUAAGAGAGGUCCGGGAAAAUUACCCCACCCCGCCAAUGCCAUCUUAAAAUCCUGACAGGCCAGAACGAAGUGAGAUUUGGGCUGUCACAGAACGUUUUCCAGCUUCUCUGGUGACACUUGCGAUCCCUGGGUUCUUUCCUUCCCCACGUGCCUGCAUUCUAUAAGCCAACGCACAAAGUUUGGGCUGAGCCAAUGAGGGUGGAGCUUGAGGCGAGCGUGCGGCGUCUGUCGGUUGCCUAGCGACGGCGUCCACGCUAGCCCUCUGUAAAUCAAGUCAGCUACUGUUCGCAGGCUACCUACAAGGCCGCCAUGGAGACUGAGAGGGGCUCCUUCAUCUCCCGGGACGUGGAGACCCCAAAGAAGGAGGUGCAGCUGCGGGUGACCCCUUCGGAGGUGAAGUUCCUGGACACGCUGGCCGGGAGGGUGUACCGCCUGCCGGUUACCGUACACAACCUCGGCCGUUGCAACCAGAAAAUCCGGUUUCAGGAACCACUCAAGCCACAGUUCAAACUGAUUUUGACCAAUCUGGAUAAAGCACUUGCUUCUGGACUUCAGAUGACAGCUAUGGUGGAAUACCAUCCCGAUAAGGAUGAAGACACUUAUGACCAACUACUUAUUUCAAUAGGAAAUAAAAUAAUAGAGAUCCCUCUACUUGGGUUGAUUCCAGCCUGUCAAUUGGAAAUUGAGUCAGAAGUUAAUUUUGGCACAUUGGUUGCCAAUAGCAAAGUAUAUUGUAAAGAGAUUAAUAUCAUUAAUCAUGGCAGAGCUCCAGGUACAUUUAAAACAGAAUACCAGGGCCAAUUGCCCAUUGUCAUUUUUCCAAGUAAUGGUGUUGUGGAGUCCAAGUCAUCAGUGAUUGUUAAAGUGGAUUUGUGUGCAGACCAGCCCAGAAUUGUAAAUGAAGUGGCAAAAGUAAGUUUGCAAGGUCGUCCAGAUAUGCUCCUGAGGGUCAAAGCUCAUGUGGUUGAGCAGAUUAUUGAAUUGCUAAACAUGAGUGGUGACAAGAAGUUGGAAUGCAUACACUUUGGUUCUGUUUUCUUCGGAACUUCAAAAAUUGAACAUGCACUUCUGUACAAUAAUAACCCAGAACCCAUAAAUUGGGUGGCCAUAAUACAGGAUGAUUCAGUUGGAGAAGAACUGGGUACUAAUAUUCAACAAAGAACAGAUGUUGCUUUAAAUAAUCUCCCUUACUUAAGCCGAAUAAAGAACAUAGAUGUUACCACUUUUAUCUCCUGUAUUCCUAAUGAAGGGAGGUUGCUACCUUAUCAAAAGACCAUAAUUACAUUUUGUUUCAGCCCAAAGCUAAUUAUUGAUGGUAAAAAGAAUUACGAUCCUUCACAUAGGCAAGACUAUGCUCUUUUUUUGAGAUUUGAGUCUGUGGGAAGUAAAGAUGGAUUUCUGAGAGAUGAUAACAAUAAAACCAUCAAAAGUGAUCGAUUUCGGAAAGUGGAAUUAGCACUGACGGGCUCAGGACUUCCUGUCGUUCUACACUUUGAUCCUGGAAAUUUCCUUAAUUUUGCACCUUGUUUUAUGGGUGAACGUUCAGAGACGGUGUGUAUUAUGCAAAAUCGAUCCAAGUCACUUUCCGUGACGUACCGCUUUAAAAAAACUGCACAUUUUAAAAUUGAUCCUGAAAGGGGCAAGAUUGAUGAAGGAUGUAUCCAGAAUGUGAUAUGUUCAUUCAUUCCACAUCAAGUAGGAGUCUUUAAAGUGAGGCAAUUGAUAGAGAUUAUUGGCUCAGUGGCAGAUGAAAAUUUUCAGUCUACAUCUCUGAAACCUUUUCAUCAAAUAUAUUUAUAUUUCAAGAGUGUCUGCAAACCUUCCACCAAGAAAGUUGUGAUGAAAGUUAAUCCUGGUAUAUCCCCUUUGGUCAGUAAUCCAACGGGACAGUUUGUGGUCAGAGACUUGCCAAAAUACAAGGACUGUGCGCCUGUUGCAAUGCUUCAAUCAACCAUGACACACCUUCACAAUCAUCACCUAAGUAAAGAGUCACCGAAGGAUGCACUGAUAGCUUUUCCCAAUGAUCGAGCUGCAAGUAUCAGGUCUGGAGACCAGGAUAAACAUUUCAGGACGAUUUUCACAAAGAUUCCAAGAUAUAACUAUGUGGAUCCUGAUUUUGCGUACACUAAAUUGGAAAGAAUUGGAAAGCAAGAACAUGAAAACUAUUAUGAGAGAUAUAUUAAACAUUUAAGAAAUGUGCGCAUGCAGAAACAGGCAGAGAGUAGGGAAUGUAUGGAUUCAUAUAACAAUACAGACAUAGGAUUACAGCCAGCAUCAGGUCUAAAGUCACCUUCGCUCUCAGAAACGGAAAUAGAAGAGGAAUUAUCUGCAGCACAGUGUCGGAUCAGACGUAACCAGUUGCUAAAUACUAGGAAUAUAGCAUCCAAGGAGACAAAGGCUCUGAAAACAAAGGUUCUCAAAGGACUUAAAUCAGACCCAUCCACACCCCAUGAAAAACAUGACUGCAGCUUAAUUUUGACACCAAAGCAAAUUCAUCAAGUAAUUGUUGGGCCCUCUGUCCUUAAUUUUGGUGAUAUUUGCGUGAACUCCACAAAUACUCGUCUACUGCAUGUUGUUAAUAUGCUACCUAUGCAUAUUUUGAUCCAGCUAGAUAUUAAUUUGAAAGAACUUCAGAAAACCAACCAGUUUUCAUAUGUGAUUCCACCUACAGCUAGUACUUACAUUUCAAUGGUAUUUGAAUCUCCCACCAUUGGAAAAUUUUGGAAGUCAUUCACCUUUACAGUGAACAAUAUACCUGGUGGGCAUAUCCUAGUGAUGGCCGUUGUCAUGCCAGUAGAACUGGAGCUAUCUUCUAAAGAGCUAGUUUUGAGACCACAUGGCUUCUCGGUGAAAACAUGUUUUAUGGGGACAGUUGGUUUGUAUAACCAUCAGAAUUAUUUUGCCAAAUUUGAAUGGCAACCAGUAAACACAGAAAGAGGAAUGGCAUUUUCCAUUCGUCCAGCUAAAGGCACUGUUGAACCACAUUCCUCCUUGCAAUGUGAAGUAACAUGGCAGCCAGGUUUCAGUUCUCCGGAAAGGGGAGAAUUUGUUCUUCACGUCAAUGAAGGAAACACGAUGACCCUAAAAUGUGUUGCACAAGUUGGCCACACCAAGGUCGUAUUUUUGGAGCCAAGGAUCCUCUUCGGUAAUAGCCCUCAAGGUUUAACAACUUGGAGGAAAGCGAUUCUACACAAUGUAGGACAAAACCAUGCUUAUUUCAAGGUUUGUGACCAGAGUCUUUUGUCUACCAUUAAUAUUGUUCCAUCACAAGGAAUAAUUCCAUUUGGGGGACUAACUGUUCUCAAUAUCUCCUGUACACCAACUGUAGCAGAAAAAUUUGAUACAAGAGCAAAGGUUGCUAUUCGCCAUGCCAAUGUCAUAGACCUUAGGAUUGGUGGAUCUGUUGAGAUUGCUGAUGUGGAAAUUAACCCGGGCGUAUUUAACUUCAGUGGUACCUAUGUUGGUGCUACUCAGAUUAUUCCAUUUAUAAUAAAAAACAAAGGUAUAACACGUGCCAGAGUGGAAUUUAAUCUACAAGACUUUGAAUGUUUUUCUCUGGACUUCCAACGUAAAUUAGGGCAUUUCACAGACCCUGCAUUUCCUGACAUAUAUUCUCUGGAGGUAGAGGAAGGGACAUCUCUGGAAUGUGGCAUAGCAUUUUCUCCCAAAGAAGUGGCAACGUAUGACUUUUGCAUUCAAGUUCAAAUUAAUUUCUUUGAGGCUUCAGAACUUUACACUAAAUUUUGUUUGUCAAAAUCUCCUAUGAUUCCGAAGACAACACCACUUAUUCGACCAUGCUAUGUUCAAGCUACUGUAUUGCAAGCACCAUUGAGAUUAUCCAGCACUGAUUUUACAUUUGAAAUCCCAUUGUAUACUAUGGAUCCUAAUAACAAAGUCACAAAAACUCAGGAUCUUGUCUUACAUAAUACUUCAAAACAAGAUGUGAAAUGGACUUUGGAUAUUAGUAAUACUGGCAAACUUUUCAAAGAUGGCACAUUCAAGAUUAGUGUGCUGAGUGGGAUUCUGCAACCACAUAAUGAAAUUAAUGUUUCCAUAAGUUUCUGUCCAAGUCAUCCUACAAAAUACACAGCCGAUAUUCCCAUUCAUCUAAAUGAUAAUCCAAUUUGCUAUCGAAUGUUAUGUUUGGUUGGAGAGGUAAAAUCACCCAAGUUAUUGUUUGACCCUCCAUUCAUAUUUUUCACUCCUGUUCCUCUGGACGUAACAACAAAGAUGAAUGUCAACAUUUUACCUCAAAACUAUUUCAGAGAUUCCACUUUAGAUGUCCAGAUUCCCACAGUGAGCCUUCUUGAUGGUGAUGAGGCUCAACCUCUUUCUGUAACGUUUCCAAAAGGCUGUGUCAUCACAGGGUCUUCCAGUGGAAUAAAUGCUCAGCUCACCUGCCACCUCAGCUUUAAAUCAUCUAAACCUGUGUCAUUUUUCACCGAUAUUCUUUUCUGUGAUAACAGAGAUAACUGGUUUUUGCUUCCAGUUACUGGAACAGCAGAAAACUGUCUUCUUACUAUUUACCCGUAUAUGGCAACUCAUCUUGAUAAACAAACAAUUAUUUUAAAGGAAGAUAAGAGUGACAUUUCUGUGAAGAGUGGAGAAAAUGUGUUGCUUCCCUACCAAGAAGAUGGUUUACUCUCUUCUACUUUGACUAAACGUAAUGAUGCUGAGCCUGCAAAGAAAAAAUUAUUUGUUGGAAUCGAAAUAAUACCUGAAAGAUUGAACUCGGGCAAAAGUAAAACCUCAAAGGAAAACAAAGAUAAAUCUAUGAAAAAGGAGGAGAAAAAUGAGCACUUCUUUUCUCUUGAAGAAGGAACAAAGGCAUAUGACUUCUUUGAAAAGGUUGUACACGCUGCUCAGACCUGGUUCAGUCUCUUUGGCUGGCCUGAAGGACCCCAUUCUCUUUCUAUUCCAGAAACUAUAAGAAGGGAGGUGUAUAAAAUGCAAUUUUACUCAUCAGCCUCGCCAUCCCAAAAAUUUUCCAGACUGAAUGACUUUUCCAAAUAUAAUAAGACCAUUUAUGAUGUGAUACUACACUUGAGUGGAAAACUGCCACCUGGAAUUCAUUCAAGUCAGUCUUUACCUGUGGAUUAUACUGAAAGGGUGAUUCAACUUCAUUUUCAACAUUCUUCACUUCUUGACUUUCUCAACGCUCAAGGAGCAUGUAUUUCUCAUGUGCUGCCAGAAUUUCUGCUUGAACCAGAAGAUUAUAAAAAGUGGCUUGAAAUUACAGAAAAACCUUCUAUUGUUAUAGAGAUGACUCGGUUUGAAGCCUGGAGUAAAGGGGCAUGGACAGAUGUAUUCCUUCAGAUAUACAAGGUUCUGGUACUAUCCCGGGUUGUACCACACUGCAGCAGUAAUCUGCCCCCCAUUCAUGUGCAAAAUUCACCAAAGGUCAAUCCUUGUUUUGUAUCCAGCAACAUAUAUUCGAGUUCUGAAAGGAUUCUGCUUAAUUGGAUGAACACAAAUUAUGAGAAUGCCCGACAUAUUAUAUGGAAGAACUGUCCCAAUGGAGGAGUUAUUCCCUCUGAGAGAUGGAUAGUAAAUUUUGACCAGGACCUUUUAGAUGGCCUUGUUUUUGCAACACAAUUGGGAGCCUAUUGUCCAUUUUUGAUUGAGUCACAUCUUAUAAAUAUGUAUACACAACCAAACAGUUCUGAACAGUAUCUGCACAACUGCCUGAUCAUUGUGAAUGUACUUCGUGAAAUUGGCUUUGACAUUGACAUACAGGCCACUGACAUCUGUGAUCCUAACCCAAUCCUGAUGCUCAUGCUUUGUGUCUACAUGUAUGAAAGGCUCCCUACAUAUCUCCCCAAGAAGGUGGUGCCCUUUUAUUGUACUCUACAUGACACUGUGCUAAGACAGAUUCUACUGAAAAAUUCAAGCUUGAAAAACUUGGUGUAUAAUGCUACAAUUGUUGGGAAAGAUGCUGCUGACUUCUCCCUUUCCCAAACUGGGAACAUUGUGACAAUAUCUUCAAAAAACGAAAUCAGUAUCACUGUGAAAUUCACCAGUCGCUUCCUUCAUCCUGCUGAAGCUUCACUGUUAUUGAUUUCAAAACCUAAGCAUGGGAUAGGAGGUACUACAAUGACUUUUGCUCUUAAGGGUGAAGUCCUCAACUUUAAGGCCAUUGAAAUUAUAAAUUGUAAAUCCCCAUGUUACACAUGGAAAGAAAUCACUGUAAAGGUUAAAAAUCCCUUCCAUUCUGCUGGGGACUUCAGUGUCACAUUGGUGGAAUCCUCAACAUUUAUCUCUUUGCCAUCUCAAUUAACUGAAUCUGGACAACUCAUUAACCACAAGAACAGUGGGGAUGCUGGGAGUAGCCCUGAAAGUGGUGAUGUUGAGAGUUGUUGGCAUUUCUCAAACGCCUUAAAAACCUCAAUUAAGUCCACUUUCAUCAGAGAAUUCUUCUGCUCCACUCAUACUCUUCACCUGGGAGUGAAGAGGACUUCAAGCCUGGAGCUCCUGUUUCUUCCCUUUGACAUGCACACGCGCUACUGUGUCAUCAUCCUCAGAAACAAAGCGAUUGGAGAAUUAAUUUAUGUUGUGGAAGGAAAAGGUACGAUCCCAUUGCCUUCCAGCUUCCACCCAACGGAUUCCUCAACUCCACUUGACUACAGCAGUUCUCCAGAGGAAGUGUUAAGUAAGGACAGUCCUGUUCUGUAUUUGAAAUGUGAGCUCCGUCAGGUCUUGGAUGUGGACCUUAAGUUGCCACUGACUAAUGAAGCCAAGGAGAAGGCCUUGGCUUUUGCAGCACAGCAGCAGAUGUCGGAUAUAGAGUAUGAGCGACGGUUGAUCACAGGCACUCUGGAGAGCAGUAGUGUUCGCGUGGCCAUCGCCCUCCUGGGGCUGACGAAGAUUGAGACUUGUGUUCUCUUUACUACCUCAAAGUUGAAGAAGCCUAAGUCCAUUUCAUACACAGCAGAACUGAGCCUUCCAGAACAUUUUGAUAUCCCCAAGAAAAUCUACAUUCCUCAGAUUCCAAAAACUCAAACUAAAUUGACUCAGCCUCAAGGAAUUCAACCUGCAAAUAAAACAGUUGCAGAUGGAUCCGUUCUAGUUCCUUUACGAUUUGUUCCUCUCAGUGCUGGACGCUACCCUUGUAAAAUUUUGUUGACAUCACGGUAUGAUGUGCGUGUCUAUUGCAUUGAAGGUAUAGUAAAUGCAGAAGAACCAGAGGCCAGGUUUGAAUUUGAAACGCCAGCAUUUGAAGCCCUUACCCAGAAUAUUCCAGUGAAUAACAAAACAAAGAAUGAAUGGAAAUGUCAAGUUACUAUAGAAGGAGAAUGGUUUUAUGGACCUUCUGUUUUAUAUGUUGGAGCAGGUGAAACUGUGCAGUAUCCUCUCACAUUCAGACCUAUUUUAGAAUGUGAGAUUAUGGGCAGACUUAUUGUGCAAAAUGAAGCAGAUGGUAUGGAGUAUGUCUUUGACAUAAAAGGGAUUGGAAAAAGACCGCUGGCCUUGGAACACAUCAUUAUAAACUGUCAAGUAGGAGAAAUGACAAAUAAACCCAUAAUGGUGCCCAAUCAUACAAAGACCAUCCAAACAUUUAAGGUAUCUUCAGAUCUUCCAAUGGUGUGGGGAAAUCCAGUCAUCACCAUAGACUCUGAUAGCACAAUUCCAUAUAUUCUACAUGUUUUGCCUUGGAAACGUGGUAUAUUCAAAGGUGCAAUCUCGUUUUCUGUUAAAAGAAGACAAGAGGAUGAAUCUCAGGACAAACCAGAUCAAGAUGAUCAUCAAGUAUCCUCCUUUCAGAAAUCCUUAUCACAACCAUCCCCCCAAAAUAAUGAUGAGGACUCAGGUGCAAUCUCAUUUUCUGUUAAAAGAAGACAAGAGGAUGAAUCUCAGGAAGAACCAGAUCAACAUGACAUUCGAGUACCGUCCUUUCAGAAAUCAGUAUCAGAACUAUCCCCCCAAAUUGAUGAGGAAGACCCAGGUGCAAUCUCAUUUUCUGUUAAAAGAAGACAUGAGGAUGAAUCUCAGGAAGAACCAGGUCAAGAUGACAAUCAAGAACUCUCCUUUUUGAAAUGGUUAGCAGAACCAUCCCCCCAAAAUGAUGAGGAAGAGCCAGGUGCAAUCUCAUUUUCUGUUAAAAGAAGACAUGAGGAUGAAUCUCAGGAAGAACCAGGUCAAGAUGACAAUCAAGAACUCUCCUUUUUGAAAUGGUUAGCAGAACCAUCCCCCCAAAAUGAUGAGGAAGAGCCAGGUGCAAUCUCAUUUUCUGUUAAAAGAAGACAAGAGGAUGAAUCUCAGGAAGAACCAGAUCAACAUGACAUUCGAGUACCGUCCUUUCAGAAAUCAGUAUCAGAACUAUCCCCCCAAAUUGAUGAGGAAGACCCAGAUGAUGGUGCUAGCAAUAUCCGAGUCUGGUACAGUCUUGAGAUCCAUAGCUCUCCGGGACCACCAGUAGACAUUAUUGAAAUGAAGUGCUCUGCUCUGGAGAGCAUUUGCAUUGAAAUACCUCUCUCUAAUCCAAAAAAGAGAAUUAUUCACUUAGAUGUGCAGUUAUCAAAUGCUGCUCUUAAUGGACUCAAGAAACUUCAGCUGUAUCCACUAGAAUGUACUAAGUAUGUGGCACGGUAUUCUCCAGCAACUCCGGGCUGUAGAGAUGAAAGCAUUGUUUUUCAACCUAAUGUGGCUCUGGAGUUUUGGUAUUUACUGAGAUUAACUACUGAAUUACCAAAACCAACCACAAUACCAGAAGUACAAUGUGACCUUGGCAAGUGCAUGGCUCAGAUGAUUUCUUUAGUUAAUCCCACACACGAAACCUUAGAAUUGCAAGCAACAAACAGUAAUCCUGAAAAUUUUGUCUUGGAUGUUCACAGAUCGGUGCUGACCAUACCUCCUCACUCCACCAAAGAGGUAUCUGUUCAUUUCUGUCCUUCUGCCCUUGGAAGAACUGGUCAUCAAGCUUCUAUCAUCUUCCAUUGUGCUCAGUUUACAGAAUGGAGAUUCUUCCUCUCUGGAAUAGGACUAUUCCCCCAGCCUAUAGACAUAAAAAGAAUAACCGCAUACCUCAGUCUUCAAUCAUCUGUUGUUAUAACUUUCCAAAAUCCCACCAAGGAAGAUGUUCUAAUCGAUAUCAUACUAACAAGUCGGGAAAAGCCCAGGCAUCUCAUCCUUGACCAUCACUGGGAUAAGUUCUUCAGGCAGACUUCUGCUUUCAGUUUUAGUGGCCUGAGUCACACAAAAGGAAUCACAUUGCCUCCUAAAGAGAAUAUAGAUAUCCCAGUGUUAUUUAUGCCCAACACUAUGAAAUUACACAGAACAAUGGUCAUUGUUCAAAUGAUGAGGGCAAAUAGAGAAAGUUGGCCUAUUGACAAUUUUGAAGAAUUAGACACAGAAAUGAAAAGAACAAUGGGAACAGCAAGUAGAGAAAUCCCAGAAAUACACUGGAUAUACCCUAUUCUUGGACUCCCACAGGCACUAUAUCCUAAAUGCCCUCCAGUUGUUAUAAAAUGUCAGUCCAGGAAGCGGGUAGAAGAGGAAGUGGAAGUCACGCUGACUGGUGAUUUUUUUGGAGAAAAUCCUAUCUUAGAUUCAACAGAUUUUGUAGUGAUUCCAAAAAGAAAUUCAUGUAAAUUUGACGAAGAUGUGGAUGAUAUGUCUAUAAAACGUGAAUUUGAAUAUGAAAUUCAAUUUGAAUCUGACGUUGUGAAGUCUAACUUGGAAUCCUGCAUGGCUUUGUAUUUGAUCAAAAAAUCUUUUAAUGUUAUGGCUAAAGUGAUAACAUUGGUCUUCAAUUUGAUAUUUGCACCAAAGAAACCACUGAGGACUCAAAUUACUCUGAAAAUAGAGUGCAUAACAGAUGGGAUCUGGAAGUUUCCCAUAACAUUGGUUGGUACUGAGCCUGAUGUGGAUGAUGUCAUUAAUAUUGAAGGGGUUGGUUUAUUUAAGGAAUCUAUUGUCAACUUCAGGCUGACAAGUCAGACGAGAAAUCCUGAGCCAUUCACUGCAUACUUCCUACCUGGCAGUGAUCCUGCGUUUUUUGUAAAACCUAAGGUUGGAAAACUUCUUCCUUUUGACACUGAAGGAACUCUCAUCAUUGUGGGUUUUAAACCCCAAAUGUACAGUAGGAAGUACAAAGCAACAUUAGCAAUACAGACACCGGACAUGUACUGGUUGUAUGAUAUCAAUGGGUUACCUCAAGUUACCAAGCCACCGAUGAAUGUCAAAGCCAAAGUUGACACUACUAACAAGAUGUUUGAUAGACGGCCAGUUGGUCAGCACAAUUUUAUCCGUGAAAAUGCUAAACUCAUAAGGACAGGGGUGUCCUCUACCAUCAAGGGUGCGCCUUUGAUGUUGAAGAAUAAAUAAAUACUUUUUCCCAAAA